AUGGACACUCACAAUCUAUUCAAGUAUCAGGGAAAAUCGCUAGACGCCAGUCGACGAGACAUUCGGUUACUACAUCUCCACCCGUCUAGCACUGACCGCAUAACAGCAUCACUGGGUGUGAAGGAUCUCGCAAGUGCGGCUGGAACUUUCGCAUGCGUCUCUUAUGUAUGGGGUGAUCCCAACGAGACGGUACCAAUCGAAGUAGACGACCAGGAAGUACAGAUUACGACGAACCUUUUCGACUUCCUCUGUCACAUCAGAGACCCAAAGGAGACUCUCACACUCUGGGCGGAUGCCAUAUGCAUAAACCAAGCAGACCUGAACGAGAAAUCGCAUCAGGUAGUCAUGAUGGGAGACAUCUACUCCGGAUGCUCCGUGGUGCACAUCUGGCUGGGUACAAUACCAGAUACUCUGCCAUUAGGAACAUCCCCUUUCGCCUGGAUUGAGCAUAUGGCAGAGGGAAAGCAUUGGCAUACUCUCCCCGGCAUUCUCGAUGAGCAAGAUGGAAAGCCCAGCGAAGAAUUCAACAAUCAUCGACUCGCCUUCGAUCUGAUGACAAGCAACCCAUGGUGGCAGCGAGCUUGGACCGUCCAAGAAGUCAUUCUACCCAAAUCCACCAUCCUCUGGUACGGGACCUACCAUACGACCUGGAACAGCUUCGCACAACUGAUCCGAAACCAAGACACGCGCGUCAAAAACUGCUGCCUGCCCGAUACCCCAGAAACGAAGAAAUAUUGGCGCAAGAUCGAUGUCAUUGAUGAUUUCAUGUGUGAGUAUGAGACAAUCUACUGGUUCCGAGAGUAUUAUCAUGGCAGCAUUACGACUAUACCUCUUCAUACAUCCACUAUCGAGGGAGUCAUGCCAUUUAAAGACACUCUGCUUUCCUUCUCGAAGCGACAGUGUCAUGACCCCCGCGACAAAGUCUUUUCGAUCUUGGCGCUAGCGCCACCGCGGAUGUUCGAGAACUACAAACCGGAUUACACGGGACCCUUAGCGGAGACCUGGACGGACGUAUACCGACUAAUGAUAGACCACACUGCGGACGUUUCGUCGACUCUCCAAGGCAACGGGUUUGGGCCAAAUAACGACGGUAGACCAUCUUGGGUUCGCGAUCUUGCCAAUAUACCCACCGACGCGAUUCUUUUUGAGCGCCAUAGGGUAGAUCUUUCCGAAAUGUACCUCUGCAGUGGCGAAUCAGCGGGCACAUUUAUCUCAACCGACCUCUGGGAGCUGCAUGUCAAAGCGCGAAGAGCCGAUAUCAUCCGUCAUGUGGGCGCAACUAAUACUCAUGAAUCUGGUCCGAGGGCGAUGAUAGCCAAUAUGAGACAGUGGUACAGAUUGGUUAUGGACGCACUAUCCUGCACCGACGAAGCGAUUAUCCGGAAGCCUUUUCAGCGCGCAAUAUGCGCGACGAUGCACACCGUGGAGGAUGGGUCCUCAUGGCGCCGCAGUACAGAUGAAGAUCUGCCCAGUCUUGAAGACUGGCAAGAGUUUCUGGAUUUGGAGCCUGAAAGUUUCCUGUUUCAUUUGACGUAUCUCUCGGCUGCAGAAGAUCGCUGCUUUUAUGUCACGGAAAAGGGGAAUAUGGGGUUGGCUUAUCCGGGUGUGAAGCCUGGGGAUGAGGUUUGCGCGCUGAUGGGGAUGCGAGUGCCCGUCGUACUGCGGAAGGCAGAGGGAGAGCGUAACAACGCGAACGCUUAUCAUUUCAUGGGAGACUGCUUUCUACUCGACCAAAUGGAUGGGGAGAUUAUGCGGAAUGAGGAGGAGACGAAGUCAGUUGUUUUGAUCUAA